CGCAGCCGCACUAUCGGCGGCGGCGGCUUGAAAUUUCGGUGACUGGGAACUCUGUUUUGUUUACACCGGUUUUAAUAAUCUCUCCUCGCAUUUUGCAAUUUUGUGUUUUGUGGUGGAAAUUAUUAAAAAACAUUACCUCUAUCAUGGGCAUUGGGAAGCGCAAAAAACUCUACAACACUGUACUGUGUCAGACCUUCUCUUCCUGUGGGAACUUCCUCUUUGCUGGCAACAAUUUCGGUGACGUCUUCGUUUACAGCAUUCUAGAUAUUACGGAGACUCCUAGUGAGGAAGAUGUUACCAAGGUAGCCCCAUCGUUGGAACCUAUUCAGGUUUACAAUGUCACAGACGUGGGUCAUGUGCAGAGUAUGGUCUUCUACAAGGACUUCCUUAUUGUGGGAAUUCCGGGAGAGAUUCGGGGAUAUCAAUGGUGCGAAGACAGCAAGAAGAUCAAGAAAAAAGUCUGGGAAAUCCGUAUACCUAACAGUUAUGAGAGCAUAGAAGCCGUGGAUGUAAAUUCUCUGUGGCUUAAUGAAGAGACCGAUGAGGUUUUCUUGGGAUGCGGAGAUUCCAGAAUAUUGGGAAUUAAUCUUGAAGGAGGACAGAUAAUGAAGACUUAUGCUGAACACAAGGACUACAUUCAUUGCCUAAGUGGACUGGAGAAUCGCCUGUACUCUGCUUCUGAAGAUGGAAGUGUUAAAUUCUGGGAUCUUAGGCAGAAGAAGUCUACUGGAUCAGUGGAACCUUACAAGAAUCACGAACUCUUCCGCCCACAGAUGGGUAAAUGGCUUGGUACUGUGUCAUGUACUGAGAAUUUCUUCGUUUGUGGAGGUGGACCUAAGGCUUCCCUCUGGCACACGAGAACAAAUGAGUGUACGACGAUCUACCCAUUCCCAGGAGCAGUUCAUGUGUCUGGUUUCAAUGAAGACAGCGUUCUAUUGGCUGGACAGAACUCCAAUGUUAUUCGCUAUAGCCUCAAUGGGGAUAUCUCCGCGGAAAUACCAAUAUCUUCCCCAGCAACCUACUCCGUCAUCUGGCAGACAGCGCCCACAAAGAUCAUGUCCAUCGCUGGAGCUCAAAAUGAGAUAGAUAUCUGUCUCAAUUUCAAUUACAAGGACAUUCUUCUCAAGACCUACACGAAUGAGACACCUGACGUAUGAAUUGAUUUAUUCUAUAAAAACGAUACAGAAAAGAGAAAAGAAAAAUCAUUUUGGAGAA